CUCCAUCAUUUCUGCAAAAACAUCGGAGCGUUGGUGGGGAAUCGAGAUAGAGAGAGAAAAGUUGUCCCGAUUUUAGUGAGAGAGAAAGUUUGUGAGAAAUAAAGGAAGGCAUAAUUUGUGUAUUGUUGAUUUUUUAGUUGAAGGAAUAAUCCGCUCCCGCGCUCUCCCGUUGCCGUUUCUUCUCCCUGAACGCUCGCCAGUGUUCAGAUCAAAUUUGGAGACUUUUAAGCGGAGGAGCAAGCGAGAGCUUUAUUUCGACAGUCUACGGAGAUUAGCACACAUUUCUUGUUCUUGAUUCUCACCGCCUCUUUUCUGAAACCAUUGAAAUGUGAUGUCUAAUCUCCAAAGCAGACAAAUCCUAUAGAGAGAAUUUUAAAAAGCAAGUAGCCCUUUAGCAUGCACAGUAGUGGUUAUUCGAGGACUCCCCGAAGAUGGCUGCAGCUGUUAAUCAACUUCAUGGAUUCAAGCCAUUAGCCUACCCUCCGCGAUGCCAUCCUCUGUCCGUCUCUCACCUUGACUGCAAAAUGCUCGAGUUGAGUCAAUCCAAGUUCAACAUCACUUGCAUCCACAGGAGCUCCUCCACGCCAUGCCUCUCGUACAAUUCCUCCAAAGCAGAGGAUGAUUUUGAUUUCCCGCAGACUCCAAGGAUUGAGAUCAUUGUGGGGCACACCCUGCCCCAGGUGCACGCCCUCGUUGUUGAGGUUGCUGGGGCAAUGGCCACCUCCGGUGUUGAUCUUGAACGAGCUCCAAGUGGCCUUGGUGGCGCCUACUUCUUACAUGCUCGGACUGGUGGCACUAUAGCUGUUGCAAAGCCGGUUGACGAGGAGCCUCUAGCGAUCAACAAUCCCAAGGGCUUUGGUGGACGGAUGUUAGGGCAACCGGGGAUGAAAAGCUCCAUCAGGAUUGGCGAGACUGGUGCUCGUGAAUCUGCUGCUUAUCUCCUCGACCAUGGUGGCUUCUCUGGUGUACCUCCAACCGCAUUGGUUAAACUUUCGCAUUUCAACUUCGAUCUACUCAAGUCUGGUUCAGGUUCUGAUUCAAACCCGAGUUACAAGAUUGCAUCCCUCCAACGCUUUGUGAAUCAUGACUCUGACGCGGGAGAUUUGGGCCCUUCCAGCUUCUCGGUCACGAGUGUGCAUCACAUCGGCAUACUGGAUGUAAGGCUGAUGAAUCUGGACAGGCACGCAGGGAACCUUCUUGUGAGGCAAGAAAACGAGAGUUAUGGCCGAGGAAAAGCUGAGCUUGUUCCUAUAGAUCACGGCUUUUGCUUGCCCGAGUGCCUUGACAACCCUUAUUUUGAGUGGCAGCACUGGCCUCAGGCCUCCCUGCCUUUCUCAGCGGCCGAAUCUGAUUACAUCUCCAGCCUCGACCCGUUCAAAGACGCGGAGCUUCUAAGGACCCAUAUCCCAUCAAUUAGGGAGUCCUCCAUUCGGGUUCUUGUCCUCUGCACAAUAUUCUUGAAGCAUGCAGCGGCCUACGGUUUAUGCCUUGUCGACAUAGGUGAGAUGAUGACCCGAGAAUUCCUUGGUGGGAAAGAACACUGCAGCUCUUUGGAGAACUUAUGUGAAACUGCUAGGGCUAGCUUGAACAUGGGACUCAAUGACAACGAUGAUCACAUUGCGGAAACUGAUGAAAUGCUUGUACCUCGUGUUUUCAAGAACAAGAACCACCACAAAGCAGGUAACAAACUCAUCGAAAACUCCCAUUUCCAAAUAUUUUGA